AGUGACGUCUCCGCUACUCUUCCUUUCCUUCUUCUGUUGUUCAUUCUUUCGCUACUUUCCGUCUGAAUUUCUCAAAUCCCCAUUCUCUACCCAGCAGAGAAAUUCCGAAACUCUUCCUGAAUUCGAGUCCCUCCUCAUUACCAACAAGGAGAGCACGCGAGCAAACUCGAGUUCGAGUACGAAGCAGAAAAGAUGGCACACAAUUACAUCCUCCAAGUAACAGCCGGUUCCUCCUACGAUAUAAAACACCACCAAAUCGUCCCCGUCAACCAACCUACCCCAAUCACCAUAACCAGCCCCCACCUCAUCGCAUCCCUCAACGUGCGAAUCGCCCAAUACCGCGGCCUCCCCCCCACCUCCCCCGCCACCUCGCCCUACUUCACCCAACACCCUAAAGACCAAUACAGCAUCUCCUUCGCCUUCACCCUGAACGAGGACGUCAACGGCGAUGAUUUAGUGUUUGGCAAUGAUUUCGACCAUCCGAUCCGCGAUCGACUCCCACCCGGGUUUGGGACCGCGUUUAAGAUCGUGAAGUGGGUUGUUGAUCCGGGGCUGGAUGGCGAUGUGUAUGCCGAUAAGCCGUAUCUUUAUGGGGCCGCGGGGAGUUCGGUUAAUGCUUUGUGGGUUGGGGGAAAAUCUGAUGAGAAAGGAGAGAAAGAGGGAGAGGAUGGAGGGGAGGAGAAAGUGUGGGAGGAGGGCGGGAGUGAAGAGGGGAUGGAGGUUAGACACGAGAAGGGCGUCCCUGAUAGCGAAGCGGGCAGGAAGAAGUGGUUUUUGGGCGAGGAGAAUAGGAAGUCGUGGACGUGGGAGCAGGGACGGUGUUAUGGGGUUGAUUUCUUUAAUCCUUAUUUGGAUUUUAAUGGUAUUUCCCUUUCCCAUUCUUUCCCUUGCCCCCUUCCUUCCCGAAAUCCGGAAAUUAAGAAAGGAAAAAACACAGAUUUCGCACUCCGCCUCCCAGGCUUCACCCUCCCGAUCAUGAAAUACUGGGACGGACAAGGCCUCCGAUAUGUGCUCAAGAACCGCAAGACGGACGAGGUGCUGCUGGUCGUGCUGUUCACGCUGUAUCUGAAGGAGGAUGUGGGGGAGGAUGGGGUCGUGAAGGAUGGUGUUGAGGGUGGGAAGCCGAUUGCGUUGUUGGGGGAGGGGGAGAGGGAGAGGCAUCGACGGGCCAUUUUUGGGACGGAUGGGGAGGGCGAGGAGAGUAGUGGGGAGGAAGAGGAGGAGGAUGAGAGGAGUGAUGGGGAUGAGGGGAAGGAGAAGAAGGUGGAGGUAGGGGGAAAUGGGGAUGAUGAUGUUGAUUAGAGGGGUGUUUUGGGAGUAUGGCUGGGAUGGGAUGGAUGGGAUGGGAUGGUACUCAAUUCUUGAUUCUCGAGAUACACGGAUGGGACUUUAUAACUGGAUGGACGGAUGGAAGGGGCAACAAGGCGUCUUACUGGCAGGAGGAUAGAAAUAUUGUAUGAUAACAGACGACGGCACAUAAAGCACAUAGAGAUCUCCAUAGAUGAGACGAGUAUAGAUGCAUUGCAGGAAUAGCUCUUUCUGAACCCACUGGAAAGGAUUGCUUGCUAUAUCUCCA